AUGAAUACCCUAGUCAUUAAUAAAGGCAUUGGAGUAGAUAAAGAUAUUGAAGCAGAUAAAGGCAUUGAAGUAAAUAAAGGCAUUGAGGCAGAUAAAGGCAUCGGGGCAAAUAAAGGCAUUGGAAUAGAUAAAGGCACUAAU